GCACCUUGGACAGCACACGCAGCAAACAACAUGGCUCCGAUUACAGCCAGCCGAGAAGAAUUUGAUGAAAUCCCAACCGUGGUUGGGAUCUUCAGUGCCUUUGGCCUGGUCUUCACCGUCUCGCUCUUCGCCUGGAUCUGCUGCCAGCGCAAAUCUUCCAAAGCCAACAAGACUCCUCCUUACAAAUUUGUCCAUGUGCUGAAGGGCGUUGAUAUUUAUCCGGAGAACCUUAACAGCAAGAAGAAGUUUGGCGCAGAGGACAACAAAGGGGAAGCCAAAAACAAGCCCAUGAUGCCAAAGACGUCUCUGCACCUUGACCUGGAGAAACAAGACCUGAAUGGCAACUUCCCCAAAACGGUCCCGAAAGUACCGACUUCUUCAGAUGUUGAGAGCUUCACUCCAAAGCUUUUUCCUGAGAGGGAAAAAGAUUCGGUGUCUCCUGACAGCUUGAAGUCGACCACCUCAAUAUCUUCGGAAGAAAAGCAAGAUAAAUUAGGGACACUCCUCUUCUCCCUAGAGUACAACUUCGAGAAGAAGGCCUUCAUGGUCAACAUCAAAGAAGCAAGAGGCUUACCGGCCAUGGAUGAACAAUCCAUGACUUCUGACCCAUACAUUAAAAUGACAAUACUGCCGGAGAAGAAGCACAAGGUGAAAACUCGAGUGCUGAGGAAAACCUUAGAUCCCGCUUUUGAUGAAACUUUCACCUUUUAUGGGAUCCCUUAUACUCAAAUUCAAGAUCUGAGCCUCCAUUUUAUGAUUCUGAGCUUCGACCGCUUCUCCCGCGAUGAUGUCAUUGGAGAAGUCCUGUUCCCCUUAUCAGGAAUCGAGUUGUCUGAAGGGAGGAUGCUGAUGAACAAGGAAAUCAUCAAGAAAAAUGUUAGGAAAUCUUCUGGACGUGGUGAAUUGCUGAUCUCACUUUGUUAUCAGUCUACAACAAAUACGCUCACAGUGGUUGUUUUAAAGGCCAGGCAUCUACCUAAGGCUGAUGUUUCGGGAUUAUCAGAUCCUUAUGUCAAAGUGAACCUUUACCACGCCAAGAAGCGGAUCUCCAAAAAGAAGACGCAUGUCAAGAAGUGUACCCCCAACGCGGUGUUCAACGAACUCUUUGUCUUUGAUAUUCCCUGCGAGGGUCUCGAAGAGAUCAGCAUCGAAUUCUUAGUACUGGAUUCCGAUAGGGGGUCCCGGAACGACAUCAUCGGCCGGCUAACCUUGGGGGCGUCCGCGGAAGGCCCGGCGGGAGAACAUUGGAAGGAGAUCUGCGAAUACCCCAGGAGACAAAUCGCGAAAUGGCACAUGUUGUGCGACGGCUAA